AUGGCGCGUCGUUCAGCUCGCAUCGCGAGCGCUUCUAAGAGGACUACCGCUUCGCCGGCGCCUCAAUUAGGUGCUCUUUCCGAGCAUGAUGAGCGCACCCCUACAUCCGCAAGACUAGCUGCUCACAGUCUCGAUACCAUCGCAUCUUCCCCGAUGCAUCAACCUGCUACCCCCGCUGUAGCCACACCUGUCAAGCUGCCGAUGUCAGAGAGACAUCCCAGCAAGGUUCACCCCACUACUGCGGCACCUUCAUCAGGCCUCAACCUUGGGUUUGUCGAUAUUGACUACACCAAAAAACCCAACGAAGGUUCCGGAGUGAUCCAAUCUACCCCAUCCAAAACGCCCAUGCCGUCUUCGGAAUUCACAUUCCGCUACACCAGACCCAACCGUGGUGGCGAUGAGGGACUAACCCCCGCAGCUAAGAAGAUGAUGGAAGGUAUCCGUGAGGAGGCUGCAAAGAUUAAGGUUGAACUCUCUGCUAAGCAUGAACAAGAGAAGAAGGAAGAGGCUGCCAAUGAAGGUCGUAAGAUUCACUCAGCCAAAGGAAAAGCUAGUCGCUUCAGCGCUGUUCAUAUGGCCGAAUUUAAGAAGAUGGAUUCUAUCGAAAACCACCCCUCAGCAUUCCGCGCCGUCCCUGGCCGCUUUACCCCCGUGAAAGGCAGCCUCAAACGUAGUCAAUCGAAAGCAAACCUCGAUGAAGCCGAUUCGGCACGAUCUAAGAAAUCAUCUACCCGCCCAGUGCCAAGCGCUCCCGAGAAGGAACAGGAGCAGCUCGAGUCGCCUGUCAAACGUACAAAGCAGCGGGUUGAGGACGACGUAUCCACCCUUCGUCCCGUUUCGCGGGAUGGUAGCUUCAUUCCCCGACCCAAGAGCAGCGGUAAUGAUUCGAUUCGUAGCGGCAUCCCUCGCUCGCAUGCGCUAGCCAAUCUCAUGACGCCAACUAAAUCAUCUCUUGCCCGUGCAAAUAGCGUCAAGGCUCCUAGCGCUACGUUGACGAAAUCUAUCAGCAAGCCGGAUUUUAGUAGCAUCGCUAAAUCCCCAAGCAAGCCGGACCUUGGUAGUCUGGCUAAAUUCUCUAGCAAGACAGGUUUUAGUACUCUAAAGAAGUCUAUGUCGAACAAUGCCAUUACGGACAACAAGCCUACUCAUGUUCAAACGCCUGGUCGAUUUGAUAGAGUCAAGUCGAUCCUAAAGAAACAGAUCGGUGGGUCCAAACCAAAGUCCAACAUUCCUCAGCUUGCCGCGUCUCCUUCGAAGACAUCUCUCCAAGAGCGUAUUGACGAGGAGGAGCUACCUCAGGCGCCGCUUACUACCCCUGGACGAAAGCUGGAGCGACGCGUGAACUUUACCCCAGUGGUUAAACGAGCUACUAUGCUCUUAGAUUCCCCUUCGCCCGUUAAGUCGAGCAUUCCACGCUCGAAGGCCUUGUCCCACCUUCGAUUUGGUAGUUCCGUUGCUGAGAAGCCGGUCAAUGACAAGACUUCCGAGGGCGAGGUUACGUAUCCCGAUCUCUCAGCUUACUGCCGAGAUGUCAACGAAGAAGCUGAAAAGUCUACCACGAGCCAGCCCCCCGAAUCAGUUCCUGGCACUUUCACCUUCCGCAGCGAUCAUACUAUCAGCUUUGGCGACGUCUCUCCCCGAGGAUUUGGCGCCGCUGCUGGUCAGGCUAGUCUCCGUCACGUUCGUAACUCUAUUAUGCCCACUAGCCUCAUGCCCGGUAGCUUCCCGAGUCAGCUUGAGGCAUCCCCUAACAAGGAGAACAAAGAUCCAGCAGUGGGAUCUGGUAUCCCUCACGGAAUGUCAAACAAGAAGAGACAUAGAGCAACCUGGGACGAAGAGGAAGAAGAGGAUGAAGGUAGCAAGCGUGGCGCGAAGAAACUACGCAAGGAUCCGAAGGCAGUUGAAGGACAUGCUCUCAUCGCACCUCGACUGGUGGGCGAAUCACCAAUCAAGAAGCUUGGUGGAACAGCCAACACCCCUAGCCCGCAAAAGAAGAAGAAGAAGGGUGGCCUCAGCCUGAGCCGGUUGAACAUGCUCGCUCGACCCAAGGUCCGAAAGUAA